ACUCGAAGAGCGGGAUCCAGGAUUGCGAUGCUGAGCCCUCCGGCGGGCAAGGACAGACCGGGUGUAGAGCCCACCAGGGGCGUGUCCCCAUGCUCACCUGCCAUUGGCCAGGUGGGGCAGCCGAACACAGCCUAACUAUAAAUGCGGAGCUGGUGGUUGCCGAGCCAGGCCUGCGAAGGAUGGUGGACAGCGUGUACCGAACCCGCUCUCUAGGGGUGGCAGCCGAAGGGAUACCGGACCAGUAUGCGGACGGGGAGGCGGCGCGCGUGUGGCAGCUCUACAUCGGGGACACCCGCAGCCGCACCGCCGAGUACAAGGCGUGGCUGCUCGGGCUGCUACGCCAGCAUGGAUGCCAGCGGGUGCUCGACGUGGCUUGCGGCACGGGGGUGGACUCCAUCAUGCUCGUGGAAGAGGGUUUCAGUGUGACGAGUGUGGACGCCAGUGACAAGAUGCUGAAGUAUGCACUUAAGGAGCGCUGGAACCGACGGCAGGAGCCUGCAUUUGACAAGUGGGUCAUUGAAGAAGCCAACUGGAUGACUCUGGAUAAAGACGUGCCCCGACCAGCAGGAGGUGGCUUCGAUGCAGUCAUCUGUCUUGGAAACAGUUUUGCCCAUUUGCCAGACUGCAAAGGUGACCAGAGUGAGCAUCGGCAGGCACUGAAGAACAUUGCAAGCAUGGUGCGGUCAGGGGGCCUGCUAGUCAUUGAUCAUCGCAACUAUGACCACAUCCUGAGCACAGGUUGUGCACCCCCAGGGAAGAACAUCUACUACAAGAGUGACUCGACCAAGGACAUCACGACAUCAGUGCUAACAGUGAAUAACAAAGCCCACAUGGUGACCCUGGACUACACAGUGCAGGUGACGGACGCUGGCCGGGAUGGUUCUCCUAGCUUCAGUAAAUUCCGGCUCUCCUACUACCCACACUGUCUGGCGUCCUUCACGGAGUUGCUCCAAGCAGCCUUUGGGGGCAAGUGCCAACACAGCAUCCUGGGUGACUUCAAGCCUUACAAGCCAGGCCAGACCUACAUUCCCUGCUACUUCAUCCACGUGCUCAAGAAGACAGAAUGAAGGUGGUCUUGCCUCCCAUGAUCCCCUGCCUAGGUACUCCAGCUCUGGGAAGGUAGGGAUCCAUGGCCCCAUACCAAGGCCAACUCUAGUACAGAGACACUGUAGUUGAGGUUCAUGGAUGUGGGUUCAGGCAAAAAAAAAAGAAUAAACAAUACAAU